UUUCAAGACUCCGCACAAACAGGAGCACCAUGUUCAGGAUUACUCUGUUGGUCACGCUUAUAUUUGGCAUUGCAGCCAAGCCAUAUAAGCCAUGGAAUAAACUCAGUGAUAACGCCUUCCAGGACACAGUCAUGGUAGCGGGCGUGCUGGAGCCUAUCCCAGCUGACUCUGGGGGAGAGGCGGGGUACACCCUGAACUGGUCGUGAGCCAAUCACAGGGCAAACAACCAUUCACACUCACAUUCACACCAACAGGCAAUUAAGAGUCUUCAAUGAACCUAUCAUGCAUGUUUUUGGGAUGUGGGAGGAAACCGGAGUACCCGCAGAAAACCUACGCAGCCACGGGGAGAACAUGCAAACUCCACACAGGUCAGUAGACGCCAGAAAGAUGCCUUUAAGUGUGGAAGUGGAGCCUCCACAGGACAUGGAUCAAACUGACUAUGACAUUGAUCCCAAAAUGAAGAUCUGGGAGAAUGUGGCUGCCAUGGGGAAGGAUAAACAGGUCCUGGUGGCAGAAGCCGACCUGGAUGAUGUGCACCAUCCCUCUUUGCAAAAGCUUCCGGCUGAAGAUGAAGAUGACUCAGAGCGGCCUAUUUUUAGUGACGAGCCUGAGCAGGGCUGGGAUGAAGUCUACCACAAAGCCAGAGCGGAACUGGAUGGAUAUCUUGCCCCGCUCACCGUUGAAUACAAAAAGAUGGUCCGGCAUGUACAACCCGAACCUGAGGAGACUGAAGCGCUUGAACUGGCGAGGCGUCACCUGGAGCCAGAAGAGGACACGGAUGACUUGUACCAUCCUGACGUGCAAAGCUGGAUGCCAAAUUACCAAGACGACUACAAUGACAACGCCGCCGCUCCUUUUGAUUGGAAGUCUGAUGAGAAUUAUGACGAACGGGCGGAAGAUCUGGAUCAUCUCUACCACCGCUGAACAUUGGAAGGAGCAUGUUGACUCCUUGAAACGUAUAGAAAUGCAUGGCUGUAGACCAACACAAUGUAUCCUGCUGGACAUCUUCCAAUUGUUGAUAAGAUGUGCCUUGUACAGUAAGUUGUUCGACAAAGCAAUCGUGUUCUAAUAAUAAAGUUUGUAACUGUU